CACGUAGCUCGUUUCGUGCCUGACGAUUGGCCGCUCCCCCCCCCUCUCUCGAAGAUACCUUCUUUGGUAUUAGCAUCGUGAGGGAACGAUAAGUCCACGUUUUUCAGUUGAGUAACGCUGUUAUCGGCGCGGCGCGAGAUAAGGAGAUAACGGCCGUUAGCGCUGUCUUUUCUUGGUCAGUUCUGCUUCUCAAAUUCGAGGAGGCGCGCUCCUGCGGGUGCGCGAGCGAGUUUUCUUUCUGGGCGAGAGAAAAGGAGCCGAAGUACGGCUCCAACUUUUGACUAACGACUAACAACUCAUUGCAGAUCGGGCCUCACGGUUAGGCGGAUCGCGAGACAACGCGCGACGGUGCGCGGAAUCGCGGAAAUACGCACGGCGCGCGGACGUGAUAUCGUAGAUUUUCGCUGCAACAGGUGGCUGACGUUCACCUGGCCGCGCCGCGGCCGCAGCCCCGCGGGGAGAUUAUCGCUCCGGUGACAGUGAUUCAGCAGUGAUUAAUCGCGACGGGAGCUCCGUUUGUUUGUCGCUCGCCGGCGAGUCCCAAUGACGAGCCAUUAGAGGCGUUCGUCCGCCGAUACAUCGGCCUCGCGACGAUAAACGCACGCGCGACCGGGAGAGACGGGGGAGCGUCCGGCGCGAGGCGAGGAUGUCGUUUUUUGGCUCGCUGGACAGGAAGAAGAGGAGAUCGGUCGCGUGCAAGUGCAUCCCGUUGACCAAGGCGACCGGCUCCAGAUCCUUUCGGACUUGCGGGGCCUCGUGCGCGGGCGAUUACAUCAGGCACCCGGUUCUCUACGAACUGUCGAGCAAGUAUGGAGUGGCCGGCAGUGACCAGGUGCCCUUGCCGGCUCGUCUUGACGUGCUGCGGGAGCACAUACGCCGAGAAAUACGCAAGGAGCUGAAGAUAAAGGCCGGCGCGGAGAAGCUGAGGGAGGUCGCAACCGACCGCAAGUCGCUCUCGGACGUCGCGACGAUCGUGAAGAAGGCCAACAGCAAGCUGAACGAGCUCCAGGCGGAGCUCCAGCAGCUCGAGAGUCAAAUUAUACUGACGCAGGGCCAGCCUCAGUCGCCGCAGCAGAAUCACUCCAACGGUCAAGACACGCCUCUAUCACCGAUGGGGCCUUCGUCGCCGAGUCAGGAAGGUCUAUUCACGGAUCUUCGGCUUCUGUCCUUGGAGAAGCAGCUCAAUAUCGAACUGAAGGUCAAGCAGGGUGCUGAGAACAUGAUACAGAGUUUAACGAGCGGCCAUCGCGACAAAAAACUGCUACAGGAGGCUCAACAAAUGCUAGAUGAUUCCCGCGCCAAAAUCGAGUUCCUACGUAUGCGGAUCAUGAAGGUGCGCCAGGCACGGCAGCAGCAAAAGCGCGGCGAUGCGCCACCGCCGAACGGCGAAACGGCUAGCAACAAAGACAGGUACGAGCCCAGCUUGGAGCUCGCGUUGGAGGAGAGGGUGGAGGAGCUGCGGCAUCGAUUACGAAUAGAGGCAGCUGUCGUGGAGGGUGCCAAGAACGUGAUACGUCUUCUACAGAGUACAAGUGCCAAAGCCGCUGAUAAGAAGGCCUUAACCGAGGCUCAAGCAAGCCUCGCUGAAUCCAGUAGAAAAUUGGACCUACUCAGAUUGUCCCUCGAGCUCAGAAGGCAAGAGCUACCUCCCGACAGCGGUACCGCAGCUCAGUUAAAGAGAGAAUUAGCUAGCGUACAGUCGGCUAGUCCAGUUCCUGUUACAUACACAUCAUUACAACCGUUUCGCGGUCCUUUGGAAGGUAAAGCCACUGUACCGGCUUCGGUAUCGAGAUGCGCCGCUGUUACAGGACAAUUAGAGGUAAGAUUAAUGGGAUGUCAAGACUUAGCAGAAGAAGUGCCUGGACGUACGAGGAGGGAACAUCCUGCUAGUCCUGAUUUACGUAGCUUCGUUAAAGGUGUCACGGGACGCAGCUCAAGCAAGUCAUAUAGCGUGAAGGACGAAACAAGCAACGAUAUUAUGGCAGUUAUAAAAUUGGAUAACCAAACCGUAGGACAAACAAGUUGGCGUCCAUGUUCCCAACAAGCUUGGGACCAAAGGUUUUCUAUUGAACUUGAUAAAUCGAGAGAGCUCGAAAUAGGCAUUUAUUGGAAAGAUUGGAGAUCUCUUUGCGCGGUGAAGUUUUUACGUUUAGAAGAAUUCAUAGAUGACGUCCGACAUGGCAUGGCUCUACAGUUGGAACCGCAAGGCCUUCUGUUCGCAGAAAUAAAAUUCCUAAAUCCAAUGAUAUCGCGAAAGCCUAAAUUGCAGCGCCAACGCAAGAUCUUUAAGCAGCAAGUGAAAAACUUCCCAAGAGCAAAUCAAAUGAACAUAAAUGUUGCGACUUGGGGUAGGCUGCUUAAACGUUCGGCGCCUUCAUUGCACAACUCCAGAAACUCUGAGAGUCCACCUUCAGGACCACAACCGUUGCAACUUGUGUUUGAUACCUCAGUAGAAGAUAAGCCUGAAACUCCUGGCGAAGUGCCCAAUCCGGAGAAAGGGGGAUUGGGUGGCGCACGGCCUUUAGGCAUGUCAACAUCGAGUGGUAGUCCAACUCUGCCACGUCCUCCGGAGCAUCCUCCCCCACCGCCACCAACUGUGGCAAAGAAACCUUCUACGCCUGCACCUACACCACCUCCCAAAUUGGAUCAAGAGUUGCAGAGCGCAUUAAGGGAGUUUGAUUUUCUGCACAACGAGGAAAAGGGCGGGCCUCAGGGUGCAAUUUUGAGGCCCCUCGUGACAGAGCCCCGCCCUGUGCUGAUUGCACCACCCUCUCCACGCACACCCUCGCCCCAACCUGUCGUCGAGUUUCCUGAGGAUGAGGUUGUAUACGAAAUGCCAGUUAGACCUCUUCAGUAUAGAGACACCCACGAGUCAAGAAGGCAUUCUCAGCUCACUGGUAUGACUCUGGAAAACUUCAGACUGCUCUCCGUACUUGGACGUGGACAUUUUGGCAAAGUAAUAUUGUCGCAAUAUAGAAACACGGGAGAGUACUUUGCAAUUAAGGCCUUGAAAAAGGGAGACAUUAUAGCUAGAGACGAAGUGGAGUCGUUGCUUUCUGAAAAGAGAAUAUUCGAAGUAGCAAAUACGACGCGCCAUCCUUUCCUUGUUAAUUUAUUUGCGUGCUUUCAAACUGAGGCACAUGUAUGUUUUGUAAUGGAAUAUGCAGCUGGCGGUGAUCUUAUGAUGCAUAUACAUGCUGAUGUUUUCGGGGAGCCACGCACUGUGUUCUAUUCCGCUUGUGUGGUCCUCGGAUUGCAAUACUUGCACGAAAAUCGUAUUAUUUACAGAGAUUUGAAAUUAGACAAUCUGCUAUUAGAUACGGAAGGUUACGUUAAAAUCGCAGAUUUUGGUUUAUGUAAAGAAGGUAUGGGAUUUGGAGACAGAACCGGUACAUUCUGCGGUACUCCUGAGUUCUUGGCGCCCGAAGUGCUGACAGAAACUUCUUAUACGCGAGCUGUAGAUUGGUGGGGUCUUGGAGUCUUAAUAUUUGAAAUGCUGGUUGGAGAGUCUCCUUUCCCAGGUGAUGACGAAGAAGAAGUGUUUGAUUCUAUUGUAAAUGACGAAGUACGAUAUCCAAGAUUCCUUUCUUUGGAAGCAAUUGCAAUCAUGAGAAGAUUACUCAGAAAGAAUCCAGAUAGGAGACUAGGUAGCAGUGAAAGAGACGCUGAAGAUGUGAAGAAACAAGCAUUUUUCAGACACAUAGCUUGGGAUGAUUUACUUCUAAGACGCGUGAAACCACCUUUUGUACCAGUAAUCCAUUCAGUGGAAGAUGUAAGUAAUUUUGACGAAGAGUUUACAUCAGAGAAGCCACAACUAACGCCUCCAAAAGACCCUCGGCCUCUUAGCGACCUAGAGCAGAGUCUAUUUAAGGACUUUACUUAUAUGGCUGAUUGGUGCUAGCCAUAAUGAUUGGUGUCUCUUGAGGGAAAAAUAUCGACAAAUUGAAGAAGAAAGUUGCUUCGUAUAUGGAACUUGCGCAGCUGUGGCAUUUACACGCGCGUCUGUUUAUCUGAGCAAUAUAUAUCAUACAUAUGUCAUUAUACAUCAUGUAUAGAUUUUUUAUUUUGGAUACUAUAUUAAUGAUCACAGUAGGUACAUUUACAAGAGAAAUUUGUAACAACCAAAGUUGUAGAGUGUACAUGAAUGCAGCUCCACAAGUUGAGAUCUAUUCGUUAGUGAGACUAAUAUCUCGUCUACUUUCUCUGUAAUCAGAUGAGCUGGGAUUGCUGAUCAUUAUCAAUAGUCAUGCAUAUAACCAAUUCUUCCUCAGAUAUUAUCUCGAAAUUAAUCGAACACAUCUUAAAUAUCUUCGGCUUGGCUAAGAUAGCCAAUACGGAUAAAAUCCAUAUUUAUCUCUAUGUUGUUUGGGAAAAACAUCUGGGAUUAUGCCAUUUUUGAAUGCUAGUUUCUUCUCUUUGUUGCGACAACUACCAAGAAGCUGAAAACCUAAAAGAUUUCUAUUUUAAUUUUUCGUUCUUAACGCGGACGGAUAUAAUUCUGGUGCUCAAUUGCUCAUUGUCUGACGAACGGCUUCACUAACAAUAAGAACCCUGAAACAAGGUAUCUAUUUUCUAUAGGUUGUGAGACUCUACGGUAAGUGAUCCAUGGUAUUCACCAUAAGUUGGGUUGGGAGAACUGAAAAAUAAGUUUAAAACAAAUGCCUUCUUGUCAUAGAUUGAGUUAUUCCCAGAACUUCCAGUGUACAGAAGUUUGGAAAUAGUAAAAAACUUUUCAGCAAUAGGUGAUUUUUCUUUCUUUUUUGUUAAUUGCCUGAAAGAGUUUGAGUUUUAAAGAUAUAAUCUUAAGCCAAAACAGUGAAAUAAUAAUUACAAAACUCAGGAGAUGCAUUUUGUAGCGCGACAUCAAUGAAACAUUUUUUGAAAGUGAAUUCGCUCACUUCAAUCUUUUUAAUAGUAUAAAUUGCAUGUUAAAAUUGACUUCCUGUAUAGACAUUCCAAUCAUUGAAUCCUGGAUCGCUGUUCUGGAGAAGAACUGUGUUGUGUGACGAAUGCAGCUAAGCUGGUUUAUUUACUACAUACGGAAAUCCGUCUUUUCUGAACCUUUCGAUUUAGCUUUGGCAGUUCUUCAUACGCUACAAUUACAAUUUUCUUAACUUUCUGGUUUCCCUAAAAUACACUUUCUCCUGUUUAGUCUCCGUGAUAAGUUGGAAUGGUUUUGAAAACGUACGGAACGCUAUGACUCACAUGAUGUGAUUAUGUGAAAAUGUAUGGUAAAGCCUUUAGAAAAUAAUAUUUACCAAGAAUCAUAUGCGCGAACUUUGCUCCAGUAACAUUUUUGAUCGAAUCUCAGGUUUUUCGCCUAAUGUUGAGUUGCACAGUUUUAGUAAAUAACUGGUAAACAUGAAUGUACAAUAUCUGGUUUGAUACGAAGUAAUAUUGUAAGUGAGUUCACGAUCGACAUAUUCUUUAAAGUUAAAGGGUUCCGGUCAGUUUCUGCCAAGCAAAAGAGAAAACGAUGAAACCUAUUGAAUCUUUCGAAAGAAGCUUUUUUCGCAUAUAAAUGAGAGUAAUCUUAGAUUAUAUUUGCAGAAGUGAUCUCCAAACACUCUGUCCUGUUGCUAGUAUUAAAUAUGUAUGGAUGUCCUUUUGCGUGAAGAUAUAUUAUUUUCAAUAUAUUUCGUUAUCUAUUAUAUAUACCGCUAUUAUGUACAGUAAUACAUGCAAUUACUCAAAGAUUUUAUAUAUCCUUAUAGAACUUAAAGGAUAAUCAUAAUAAUAAAAACAAUAUUCUAACAUUCAUUAAGAAAGCAUAAAGUAAAUCAAAAUGUAGCUAUACUUGCUCAUGCUCAUGUGAUAAAGAAUUGAAUUUGAAAUGGCGCUAUGUAUAUGCAACAAUAAUGAUCAUAUUGACAUUAACAUUCAGCGCUAUAAUUAAACUAACCAUAUAUUGUCUAUUAUAAUAAUUGGAAAUUUAAUCCACUUAUGUAUAGCUAAUUUUGCAAGAUUAUGGUGACAUUAGACAUAUGAGCCCUAUGACAUCGUGUGAGGCAGCGCAUUAAUAUUGUAUAUCAGAAUCCUUUAGGUUCAUUUAACAUGUACCCCAAUUAUAUUUGCUAUAUUUCAUUAUUUAGUUAUGUACAUUCAUAUUCUACUUUAUAAGAUUACUAGUUUAUGUGCUUCAUAUCGUGUAUAUAUAAAUAUAUAACCAAAUGUGUCGAGAGAAUAAUAAUGAAUGAUAUUUCUAUGUUUAAUAGCUGUUAGCGUAGCAUUGUAUGAUCAAUUUUAAUUAACUUUACAAAAGAAUACUAUCAUGAGACGUGUUUCACGUUUUACUACGAACAUACAAAAGCGAUUUUAAUCUUAAAAGAACAUGAUCUGAAAGCUGUGUAUAAUAUUGGAGUAGCUGUUAGAUUUUACUUACGAAAAGCUUUUAAAUUAAUUUUCCUUCCAGUUAUUGCGGAACCCUUCUUUCCGGAUGCUAUCACCUAUAUAUUGUAGCUUUAGUAUUUAAUAAUUAAUCCUUUAUAGGAUUUUGAUUGCUUUUAGAACUUCAACAUAUACACAAUCUAAAUGUAAUCCAUGGUACACUUCAUCCAUCUCUUAAAAAGGUGCCUACGAUAAUCGAACAAAUUUUGAUAUAUAAUAUGCAAUAGAAAAUUUUCUGGCUAUUAAUAAGAAACGAAAUAAUUCGAUAUUAUAUAUAUAAUCUUUUUCACCUGUCUUUUAUUUCUACAUGUAGGUCUUAUUGUUAUUAGAAUGGAAAUUGAAGAUUGAAUUAGAAAUUUUGUAACGGUGCCAAUCAGGAAGGAUAUUUCAAAUAGAGCUUGGUAAAUUUUGUGUUUGUCUAUUAUGAUAUUCGUUUAAUUUUAUUUUAGAUUCACUCAAUCUGUCAUACUAUGGAACAAUUGAUAUACAGUUAAAUCGGAUUUUGUUAAUUGUGGAUAUUGACUAUUAUACUAAAAUCUUAUUAUGUGAGAUCGACCAAGUUUUAUUUGCGAUACUGCUCGUUUAAGGCGUAAAUAUGUUAUGACCAGAAUUAUUUCUGAAACUUUAAUAUCAAACGUUAUUAUGAAAAGUUAACUGUGUCAUUAGUGAUAGAUUCGAAUAUCUCGAGAUCUAGUUGCCUUACUGCAAUUAUAAAUUUAUAUAUACAUAAUCAUUUUCGUAUCUAUUUUAUAUAUAAUUCUUCUUAUACAGCAUAGUUCAGAUCUGUAGAAAAGUAUUUUAGGUGUUUCUAAAAUAUAUUUAGAUCUUGAAUACAAAACACAACAGUGGAAGAUUUGAAAGAUACGGAUAAUUUUUAACGUGCCUGUUUUCUAUUAAUGUAUAUAAAUUUUAAAAUCCAACCUUUUUACAUAAUAUACGGCUUUGAAAUAAAGAAUGUAAACCUCGUGAAAAUUUAUAUUGUCGCAUUUAGUAGUAAAACAGGCAGAGAAACAUAUGGCAUAUAUACAAUUUUUACAAAGCAAUAUGGCAAUUCGAAAUAGAUUUUGCGCGAUGGGGUGACCUAAGUUUUUCAUUAAUUUAACAUGAAAAUUACGUUUCGCGAAAAGUAACAUUAUUCUAGAUUCUAGAUAUUCAUUGACACGUGUAUAUUAUUUUUACACUUUACGGAACAGAAAAAUGCUAUGCAAUAUCAUUCUUUUUAUGCUACUUUCAACUGCCUGCAAUCUUUGAAAACUUUAUAAGUGGUUUUGAAUGAUACAAAUAUUUUUACAAAUAAUACCGUUUUGUAUCUUGCGUUUUACAAUGUACUUGACACACAUUAUAAAAUUGCGUGUGUGAACAAAUUACUUUUCCCACUGAUAUUACACGCAGCUAUUUGUAGAAACAAAAUUGUAUUAUUUAAUGAUUCAUGUGGAGUAUAUGUAUGGUCCAAAAUGCGAUGAUUAAAAUUUUUCAUGUACAUAUAAACAUCCUAUAGUGUUCUGUAGAUAGAAUCUACUCUUGAUUCAUAAAGAUCUUUUAUUAGAUGAUUAUUUCGUUACAUGUAUUUUUUAUAACACAUAAUUAUAUAGCAAUUACUAGAUGUAAGUUUGGUUAAAAUGUUCGCUAUAUUUAUCAUUAUAGUUUUAUAAUAAGGAAAUUUAUGUGCCUCGUAUUUUGUAGUGUCCACUAAUAAUACAUGGCUAGAGAUAAAA